AUGAAUUCUGAUUCAGUGAAUGAUAUACCGGAUACAGUUUACUCACAAUUUGCUUGUUUCGAUGUUCUGCGUUUAGCAACAGUUCGUGCAGCCGAGUUAGCAGCAUUCGAGUCCAGUGUUGAUGUUCUUACAGCUUCUGCUUUGACAGGACUUCAACGUCUUCCAAUUCGGUUGCGUAGACGUGCUGCGAGUCAUCGGAUUAAUAGACUACCUCGGCGUUUUCAUAAACAUCAUCAUCUAUCGAAAACGAAUAAUAAUAAUAAUAAUAAUAAUAGUAAUGAUAAUAAGAAUACUUCUACUACUAAUAAUAAUGUGAAGAAUAAGAAUGGAUCUCAUUCUGAGUUGAAACAAAAGCUAAAAUCACGACGUUAUCGUCGCAGAAAAUUACGCCUUCUAGCUUUACACACACGUCUAACAACAACAACAACAACAGUGGCGACAGCAAGUACACAUCAGAGUUGUCCUGGUGUCGUAGAAAAAUCCAAAUCUCUCUGGUUACCAACACAUAUAUGGCAUGCUAAAAGAUUUCAUAUGAUUACAAAAUGGGGUUGGCGUUUACCAUGGGCACCAACAAAUAAAAUUUUUAAAUUAUGCCAUAAAGCAUCGCAUAAUGGUUGUCUACUAUUUGAUCAGAGUUAUCUGCAUUGUUUUCAAGUAUACGGACCUGAAGUGAUGCUUGCCAAUUGUUUGAAGUGCAUAUAUCAAGGAGAUUGUCAAAUUGAUUCACUCUCUCCUAAACUGACUGAAUUCAAGACGCCUGCAUGGUCAUGUGAACAGACAGGAAUUUUAUUCAGAACAACUAGUCAAAAUGUAAAGGAUAUUUCUCGUCCUAUCCUUGGACCUGUUCGUAUUUUAUGGGGUACAAGGAAUUCGCCAAAAGAAAAUUUUCGUCAUAUUUGGUUAUGGCUUCAUCCGUCUAUCUCAGUGACAGCUUGGCAGUUACUUCAAGCACGUAUUAAAGAAAUAAAUUCUUCAACGUCUGAUAGACAAAACAUUCUACAGAUGAAUGAUUUAACUGGUUACUUUUGUCGACUUCAUACAACUGGAAGGCAGUCGCAUGGUUUGAUUAGUGAUAUUUUAAAACAAGCUGUAAAAGAUGGCAGUGAUGUAAUUACGAUGGAGACAACUGAUAAUUGGAGACUUUGGAAUCACCUGUCUACAAAUAUACGCGAAGCUGUAUGCCUACCACCUGGUCUGGUAGUCAUGUUAUCGAAUUGUGAAAGUUUUCGGUUGAAUAGACCACGUUUGAAGAUUCGUAAUAAGAAUUGGUGUACAGUACCAAUCAAACUAAACGACAAUAAUUCUCAAGCAAAGCCUAUAUCUGAUACUACAACGAAAGAAUCUGGUUUUAUAUUACCUUCUGGAAAACAAUUAUCCUGGUCAAAUAUUCAAGAGUCUUAUCCAGGUAUUAAUCAGUGUUCAUCACCUGAUCAAUUACUUUCUACAAUAUUGAAUUCAGCUUCAAAUGAAAAUAAAUUAGAUGUACUCUUAAUUCAAAAUAGUACACCUUUACUGAUACGUUCAUCACCUGAAAGUAUCGGUUGGGAUAUUAUUCUACGACGUAAUUUUCUACAGUUGAAUAGUAAUAAUAAUACUGAUGAAGGCAGUCUAAUUCGUGGUUCAUUAGCAGCACGUGAUUUCCUUGUGGCUUGUGUUUAUCGUGGUGCUGAAGUUGGUGGUCUACGGGAUUUAUAUCAUUGGGCUGGAUUGGGAACAAGUGCUGGUGGACAUUUUUAUUCAUUUCCAGAUAGUUUAUGGCCUGAUACGUUAGCUGGUCAACAAUCUGCUCAAAUGGUGACUGAAGAGAAAUUGACUCAUUUUAAGUGA